CGGAACAUCAGUUUCGUUUCAGCCAGCACAAUGUUCCUGGCUUUGUUUACUAAAACUAUUUAGCUAAUUAAGUCAAAAUGCCCCGGUAUUGUGCAGUGAAACUCUGCAAAAACCGAGGAGGGGUACUUUCUAAAGACAACAAAAGGAUUAGUUUUUAUCCGUUCCCGUUACGAGACCAGGCUAGGCUUCAAAAAUGGGUUGACAACAUGAAACGCCAGGAGUGGACACCUAGUCGGCACCAGUACUUGUGCAGUGAGCAUUUCACUGAAGAUUCUUUUGAUCUUCGCUGGGGAAUUCGAUACCUUAAGCACACAGCAAUUCCGACAAUCUUCCCGUACAUUUGCGAUGAUGAAAACGGUACAAUCCACAACAAGAAGAACUCCAAAGUCAAAGGGAGAAUAUGCAGCUCAAACGUCCAGCUCAUCAGGUCCUGGUCCCCACCAAGGAAAAAAACUCUCAUCCUCAAAGACAAUGACUUAAACAACAACAACAACAACAAUAGCAGUAUCCCCAGCCUAACCGCAGAGGUAAGCGCUGGGGACGGCCAAGUCUUCUCCGUCCUCCUCAUGGGACACCUGAAGCUGGAGACCCCUGUUUGUCCACAGGUGGAAGGGAAGUCCCAGAUAGGGCUCAACCUCACACAGACUGAUGUCCCCUCAGCGGUGUGCAUGUCCAGCAGUGAAAGCCCGGGUGGGCUGCUGGUGGACUCAGACGCUCAGGUGAAGGAGAGUCAGACACGAGUGCCCCUCUGUGUCCGUCCAGCCGUGUCAGUGUUGCCCUGCCAACCGGCCGUGCCCUUCACAGAUUCCACAGCCGGAGCAGACAUGGUAGGGGAUUCGUUACGAACUGGACCCAGUCAGAGCGUUGCCAUCACCCCCGUCGUGCGUUUAAAGGUGGAGGACGAGCAGGAAGGGCCGCUCUCGGACGCACCCAGAGAGACGGAGGGUGAGGGCGGCCCCAACGAGGCCGAGGUGGAGGGCGAACACGCCUGCCUCUGCGAGCACUCCUACUCGCGGCAGGACAUGGACAAGGAGCAGCUGUGGAGCCGCAUCGCAGCCCUCCACGCCAAGAUCACCGAGCUAGACCAGCGGGAGGAGGCCACCCUGGAGAAGGUCCAAGCUACCGAGGCCGAGGUUGCCCAGCUCAGGAAACAGAACAUUGUGUGCGAGGAGAAACAGAAGGCGCUAGAGGGUUAUUUCACGACCGUGUUUCGCACUAGUCCCCUCUAGUUUGGUUUUUGUUUGUAUUCUUUUGCUGAAUUCAAAUGUGUUUUUAUCUUACAUGUCAGCACCCUCCCAUCAGUAACGCCCUUGAGGCCAUGACUUUAGUACCAUUGGCAGUUUACAGAGAAAAUGCACUUAAAGUCCAGUUUCAGAGGUUUUUAUGGGCAUCUAUUCAUCCUGCUCUGGUAUUGAAGUUUAAAAUGAUUUCCCCCCCCAUUGACAUAAUUCCACAGAACAGAAACUAAGCACAUGUUAGACCUCACCAGACAAUAUAAGAUAUUGUCUAUUAGAAAUAAGAAAUGACACAAAAUACAAAAAAUACAUGGUGCUGAGGCAGGCAAAUAAUGUUAUUUAUUUUUGUUAUUUAUCUUGCAUAGUGAGUUUGAGACGGUCUCAAAUAUUUUCUGCAUAGAAUAAUUAAGUUACUUCAUAAUGAGAACUGGAAAUGUGAAGCACAAAAUUGAUUUAAAUAGUUUUAAAACAGAUAAUUGUUUACCUGUGCUUAAACUGGGGGGAAAAAAACAGUUCACAGGGAGAAAAAAAACCCAAUUCAUAUUUUUUCAGGUAUUAAAAAAACUCCACCAUUUGUUUUUGUAAUGGGAUGAUGUGAGCAUCAUGAAGUAUAGAUACUGUGGUCACGACACACGUACUUAAGGUCACAGUCAUGCACUCCUUGGCUCAUUUGUGUGGAAAAAAACUACAUUAACAAAAAUAACCUUUUAUCUCCCUGGGAGGCUUCUUCUGCCUUAUCAGAAAACAAUAUAUAACAAUUUAAGACAAUCCUUCUGUCCUACGGUAUAGAAGAAAAGCCUUGAGGGUUCAUCGGAUGGUCAUGCUAUGAGAACACACAAACCUUAUACCCAAUCAGGCUCAUAGCCGCUCAUGCUUUCAAAAACAUUAAAACAAAUCCUGAUAGUCCCUUAAAAGGUUCUUUUAUGAGGACUAACCAUAUUGAUCGAAAGCGACAAUCGAUAUCACACUGUCAUCCUGUUCAAGUAUGUAUUUCUCAAAGUGACUUAAAACCUAUAAACUUAAAGGCCCACAUGUAAGCUAAAUACAUAUCCUACUUGAUCACUGUAAAAGUGAAUAAUCAGCUUUUACUGUUUUUUUUUGUAUUUGGUUUUUUAUUUCUAUCAGAUAAGACGAGACAGGAUACGUCAGGCAUCACUUCCAAGCACACUGCUUUGUGGCACUGUAAAAGAAAAUUACGGAAACACAUGAACAAAUGUAUAAUCUGCCUUGUUUCAGACCAUCCGGCCAUGCCCUCCUACACAACUCUGCACUUGUCCCUGUGUUGUCAUUUUAAAAAAGAAGAAAAAAAAAAAAACAUAAUAAAUCUGUUAUAUUUUGCUAUA